AUGAUCUAUUCGUUGGCUCUCGUCGCCCUCGCGGGUCUUGGAACCGCUUCGCCUCUUGGAGCCGAUUCGCCGGGUACCCAAGCUGGCGAUGCCGCUUUCAACCCCGGCCUCGUUGUAGCUGCGACCUCGCCCUCCUUGACCGGCCCUCCUGUCACUGCUACGGCUCAGACAACUGUCUACAACCCGUCUACUGCUGCUGCGAUCGCCUCCUCUGCGGCCACUGCUGUGGCCUCAGCGAAGGCCGCCUCCAUGCCGGCUGGCCCGAGCCGGCGAGGCUUCUGCUUCUGGGGGUUCUGCUUUGGAACUCCAACUUCGAGCUCCAAUAAUCAGGGGCAAUAUGGUUGGCCUGCACCCACCUCGACAUCACCGACAAAGGUAGCCGUCGUAACUACAACUUCUGCCGCUCCUGUGAUCACGACUCCUGCCUCCAUCACCUUACCUCCCUCGACUUGUACGCCAAUCAGCUGGACCAACACCAAUGCGUUUACUACCGCGACGGGCUGCGCUGCUCCGUUUGAAGUUGGUACCUACUGCGGGUUUAUCAACCCGGAAGACCCUUGUGCCCCCCAGCCUUCUGGUGACGGCCCACAGGUUCAGCCGGACACCGUUGCGGCGUUUGAAGCAUACCCGGCGUUCCACCAGGAUGCCUUGGGUGCGGUGGCACCGUCUGGGUAUGCUUCGACUUUCAAGGAUCUCAACGCCUCCGUGAAUGCCAACACCUAUCUCGGCCUCCACACUCUUCAGAGUUACGAUGUCGCCCAGUGUGCUAGCUUCUGCGACAGCACCAACCUGUGCACCGGAAUCAACAUCUACAUCGAGCGCGACCCGUCCAUCAACCCUGACCAGUGUUCUUGCACCAACCCGUCAUCGAUCACCAACUACAAGUGCACUCUCUGGGGCUCCGGUGUCGACCAGGCGGCUGCGACCAACUUCGGCCAGUCGAGAGAUGGAUUCCAAGUGGUUAUUGCCGGCUCCAACGGAUACGAGAAGACGAACAACACUACCCCGACGACCCCCUCUGGCUGGACCAAGCCCCAGAACUGCGGCGGUAACAUCCACAGCCACCCCUCUACUUGCCUUGGUCAGAAGUUCUUCCCGGGCCCGUACGAUGUCAAUGUCUGCGCCGCUUAUGCCGCCGCCCAGAAUGCCAAAAACUCCAAGUCCCUCGGCUUGGCAUCUUUUGCCAGCUGGUUCGGCUACAGCCCUUUGAAGUGCAACUUCUUCAACGCGUUCAUGGUCAAGGAGAACGGCAUCCCACAGGGCACUUACUGCAACCUCUUCACUCAGCAAUACGCCCCCUCAGGUGCUACCUACCAGCCCGGUAACAGCGGUGGCAUUAACUGGGGUGUCGAGAGCAGCUGGAGCUUCUGCUCCUCUUAA